UUCUGCUGUCGUUGACGCCUGCGCAGACCGCCCGCGCGGGUCCCCUGUGGAGCUCCGCGGUGGCUGUGAGUGCGCAGGCGCUGCGGGAGAAGGCAGUAUGGUCUCGACAGGCCUUACGGGGUCUCUGGUGGCCUCCUUCUGGAGAGCAACAAGAUCCUCCCUUCUGAGUCACUCUUUGAGGACAGUGAGUUAUCAAGAGGGAAAACCUGAACCUGUGAAGCAGCCUCUUAAGAAGUCAAAGUUGCCAGUGGGUCGUUUCGAUGCUCCAGAGGACUCACACCUGGAGAGGGAGCCGCUGAAGAAGUUUCCAGAUGAUGUGAAUCCAGUCACCAAAGAAAAAGGUGGACCCAGGGGCCCAGAGCCUACGCGAUAUGGAGACUGGGAACGGAAAGGACGCUGUAUCGACUUUUAAGUGGCACAUUCAUGAACUGCAGAACCUUUUUCUAAUGACUUCACAUUGUUUUCCUUUGAACUAUCGUUGAAGUCAUGUCAUUUUCGUCCUGUGUUGUAAAAGACUGACGGCCUUGCGGAACAAACACUGCUGUAGAUUAGGAAGGUGGAGACCCUUUUCCUUCACACGUCAGCUGAAGUCUGUCGGGGUGGGAGUGCCAUGAGAGCUGCACGCCUUUGCCUUGAUCGUUAGCGAUUUAAUCAGCUGCUUAUAAAAUGCACAUGGAAAUAAAUAGUUUUAAAAGA